AUGACUGAUGCGAAAACAAGGGACAAGCAUGUGAACAACGGUACGUCCGCUGGUACGGUGUCCGUCGACGCCGACGGUCUCAUCGAGGGCAACUAUGAUCAAGUGGUGCCUUCUUUUGAUGAAAUGAAUCUGAAGGAGAAUCUCCUUCGAGGAGUGUACGCAUUUGGUUUCGAAAAACCAUCUGCCAUUCAGCAACGUGCUAUUGUUCCGUGCUGUUCAUCGCGUGAUGUCAUUGCUCAAGCCCAAUCUGGUACCGGCAAGACGGCAACAUUCUCGAUUUCGAUUCUGCAGCGAAUCGAUGAGACUAAGCCAUACGUACAAGCUCUAGUCAUGGCUCCUACAAGAGAGCUGGCUCAGCAAAUUCAAAAAGUAAUGUGCGCACUUGGAGAUUACAUGAAAGUCAAGGUACACGCAUGUAUUGGUGGCACAAGCAUUCGCGAUGAUCAACGGAAACUGGAAGCUGGUGUACACAUAGUAGUGGGAACUCCCGGACGCGUCAAUGACAUGAUCAGUCGGGAUAUUCUCAUGACGGCCUAUAUAAAAAUGUUUGUGCUUGACGAAGCUGAUGAAAUGCUUUCUCGUGGUUUCAAGGAUCAAAUCUACGAGGUGUUCAAGACUAUGCCUCAGGAUGUCCAGGUUGUUCUUCUGUCUGCAACAAUGCCAGCAGAUGUGCUUGAGGUGACAGAGUGUUUCAUGAGAAAUCCAAUUAGAAUUCUUGUGAAAAAGGAAGAAUUGACCUUGGAAGGAAUUCGUCAGUUUUACGUGAAUGUGCAAAAAGAUGAGUACAAAUUCGAGACGCUCUGUGAUCUUUAUAAUGUGAUCAACGUCACACAGUCUGUGAUUUUCUGCAAUACAAGAAGAAAGGUAGAGCAGCUCAACGAACAGAUGACGGCGCAAAAGUUCACAGUUUCAUGCUUGCAUGGAGAUAUGGAACAAAUGGAGCGUGACGUCAUCAUGCGGGAAUUCCGUUCAGGUUCUUCACGUGUGCUAAUCACUACGGAUCUCCUUGCUCGCGGUAUCGACGUUCAGCAGGUGUCUCUUGUGAUUAACUACGACUUGCCGUCGAACCGCGAGAAUUACAUUCACCGUAUCGGUCGAUCGGGUCGUUUCGGAAGAAAGGGAGUAGCGAUCAACUUCAUCACAGACAACGACGCUAGACAACUUAAAGACAUCGAGCAAUUCUAUAACACUGUAAUCGAGGAGAUGCCAAUGUCUAUUGUGGACUUGCUGUAG